AUGCCUGCACCUUCGACAUCGCUCGAAUCUACUGAAUACGAUCCAAUUCACCACCUGAAUGCCAUCUUCUCCCACCCCGCCACCCUUUCGUCCGUCUCUGCCACGGCCGACGCCCUUCGCAGCUACCAAGAUGACCUCGACGAAGAUAUCGCAGGCGUCGUCGCCUCGCAGUCAUCGUCAGAUGCCGAUAGCGUGCAGCGCAUACAGGCGGCAAAGGCAGAGCUGGCCGAUCUGUUCAAGAAGAUUGAGAGCGUACGGGAGCGCGCAAUGCAAACGGAGCAGACCAUCACCGAGAUGACUGCAGACAUAAAGCGCUUGGAUAGCACAAAGAAGAACCUGACACUGUCCAUGACGGCCCUGAAGCGGCUGCAAAUGUUGACGACGGCGUACGAGCAAUUGCGGAGCUUGAGCAAGGCGCGGCAGUACGGCGAGUGCGCUCAGUUGCUACAGGCUGUUUUGCAGCUUGUGACACACUUCAAGAGUUAUCGCUCGAUAGACCAGAUUGCUACUCUGAGUCGCAAUGUGGCAGACGUGCAGGGCGAAUUGCUGGAACAAGUCUGCGAAGACUUCGAGGUGACCUUUGCCAAGGGGGAAACCGCACAGCGCAAGGCCAUGCUUGCGGAAGCGUGUCUGGUCAUCGAUGCGCUCGGCGAGCAUGCCCGCACACGACUCAUCAACUGGUACUGCAAUACGCAGCUUCGCGAAUACCGACAGGUCUUCCGUGGCAACGAUGAAGCCGGUUCGCUUGACAACAUUGGACGGAGAUACAGCUGGUUCAACCGGAUGAUGAAGACUUAUGAUGUCGAGCAUGCCUCUAUCUUUCCCGCCUCUUGGCGUGUGAAUGAGAUGUUGGCCAAUUCAUUCUGCGAAGGGACCCGCGAGGACUUCAAGUCGAUACUGCAAAAGUCUGUACGGAGAAGCGAUGGUCAAAGUCUGGACGUCGAAUUACUUCUUUCCUGCUUGCAGGAGACACUUGACUUUGAGCAUAGUCUAGAACGGCGCUUCGCCAACGAUGUGCCUUCCAAGGAGGAUAAGUCACAUGGCUUUAGUGAGGCCAUCUCUGCGGCAUUUGAACCCUACAUGAGUCUUUGGGUAGAGUCGCAAGACAAGCAACUUGCAACCCUCGUCCCAAAGUACCGACAACAGCCAUUGCGCAACCCAGAAGAAGAGUUUUCGCACCAAGCCGUCAUACCUUCAUCUACCGAACUGUUCAGCUUCUAUCGCUUGACCCUAGCACAAUGCGCGAAACUGUCGACAGGCACACGAUUACAAGAGUUGUCCAUGACUUUUGCAAAAUAUCUCGAUCAGUACGGUCAGCAAGUUCUCUACUACUUUCUCAGUGAAAAGUCUGGAGCCCAAGGACCGUCUAUCGAGGAUGCAAUUCUCAUCUUGAACACCGCAGACUACUGCUACAUGACGUGCAACCAGCUCGAAGAGAAGAUCAGAGGCCGCAUAGACGAAGAGUUCAAAGAAAAAGUCGAUUUACAAAGCCAAGCAGAUGCCUUCAUGGGCAUCGCCAGCGCAACCGUCCGCAUGCUCGUCCGAAAAGUCGAAAUCGCAUGCGACCCCAGCUGGCGAGAAAUGCGCAACACACCCUGGGCAAAGCUCGAAAGCGUAGGCGACCAGAGCACAUACAUUGCAGAGCUUCUCCGCCACGUCAAGGAAAGGUCAGGGGAAAUACUAAAAUACCUCCACAAGCAGCAAUACGCACGAGCCUUUUGCGACAACCUCGUCGACCAAAUGGCAUCAACCUACAUCGCCAACAUCGUCCAAUGCAAGCCCAUCUCUGAAGUCGGCGCCGAGCAAAUGCUGCUGGAUUCGUAUGUUUUGAAAAAAGGUUUCACGGAGCUGCCUACGCUGAACGAGGAGGCUGGAACGGCUCCGCCUGCAAGCUUCAUCAAACGCGUAAACCAAUCCAUGGCAAAAAUAGACCCCCUUCUCAAAACUCUCCAAGUCCGCCCUUCCCCCCCGGAAGCCCUCGUCCAAGCCUACCUCAUCCACAUUGCCGAUAAAUCCGAUACCAAUUUCCGGAAAAUCCUCGAGUUGAAAGGUAUACGCAAAGCAGACCAACUGCAAUUGCUCGACCUCUUUGCUGCUUUUCGCGCCUCGCCUAAUCAUGAGAAUCUGGUGCAGAACUCGCCUUUUCUCACGCCGCUGCAGAUACAGAAUGUGGGUGGGGGGAUUGGCGCGGCGAGUGCGCUUGGUGGGGGUGGGGGUGGUGGGACACCUAGUCUGGGUGGGGGCAGGUUUGAUGCAGCUGGGUUGGGGAAUAUGCUUGUUAAUGCGGCGAGGGAUGGGGUUGAUCGGUUUGGAAGUCCGGCGCCGGGGGCUAGCGGGGUGCAGCAUCAGGCGAGUGGGAGUAUGGAUGGUGGUGGGGGCACGGCGAAUUUGGAGAGUAAUUUGAAGAAUAUUGGGAAGUUUUUUAGGAGGGAUGUUGGGGGUGGAUUUAAGUUUGGGAGGAGUGAGGAUGGGCGGUAG